UUGUUAAAAGUUGUCAGAAAGAAAAGAACAGUAAUAAAAUUACCCUGCCAACCUAUCCAUAUUCGUAAUUUAAGGCUUGAAUCAAAAGAUGAUUUCCAAAAAUCCGAAGCCGGCUGAGAACCCCAGUCAAUUGCUGGAGGUCGUCAAGCAUUUGGUCCUGUGGCGCAAUUAUCGCCAGUCGCUAGUCGUGUUCACGAGCAUCCUGCUCCUUCUCCUGGACGUCAUGGCCCAUUCGGUAAUCAGUGUGGUGAGCAUGGCGGGGAUCACUGUGCUUCUGGCAAGCAUUGGCUACCGCUGCUUUGUGAAGCUUAUGCGUUCUUGGCGCAAGGAUGUGGGCCAGAAUCAGGCCCAUCGCCUGUAUCCGCAGGCCAAUAUCGACAUACCCCGGGAGGAGGUUAUGCGUCUAGCCGGGAUUGGCGUGGAUCAUAUUAAUGCGGCUAUAAAUCAUCUAUUGGAAUUGUUUCUGAUUGAGAACUGGGAGGAGUCUUUGAAGUUUUUGGUCGCAAUGUGCGGCCUUAAUUUGCUCGGCGAUUGUUUUAAUGGCUUGACUUUGUUAAUGUUCGGACACGUUUUUCUUUUUACCCUUCCAAAACUUUAUGAAUGGUACAAGCCAAACAUCGAUGUUCAGAUCCAAAAAUUUCGAAAAUGCAAGUCGAUGGAAAAUGCAGCGGAACCCAAACCUGAUAAUGGCGACACACUCAAAGGGGAAAAGAAGAUUUCAUAUGAGAACAAGGAGGCCACUGAUGGGCCCAUGCUGUAUAAGGUAUGCGAUAAUGCAGAAAUUUUCGAUCUGCUGGAGGAGGAGCACAGCAAGGGAUGUCGAUGCCGUGACUGUGAGCACCAGGACUUGCCCAUCGAGGCGCACUAGAAAUUUUAUUUAAAGUUAUUCGUAAUUUUUCGCCAGCAAAAUGAGUUCCAAAAUUUUAUAUUGUUUUGCGGCUUUUGGUAAUUUGAUUAUAUAAAAGUAUGUGUAUGUGAUUCCGCUUAGUUGGCGAUCAGAUA